CAUGAUGUUCUCGUGGUCACUGCCUUGAAUGUUUUCUCAACGCCGGUUCAGUCCCGAGGGCUACCUUUACGCUACUCAGGCUUCUCGGCGCCGUGCCUCAUGUCGAAAGCGGGCAGCUUGUGCAAAGCUGCGUCUUCUCAAUUGACACGAAUACCCAAAGCGAUGAUCUCGGGCGCCAUACAUCAUGUCGACCAAGCUAUCUGAGGUCGCCGCGCCUUUGCUUUUGGAAACCGGCAGCCGUAUUAAAGCUCUGGAUCGCGGAGUCUACGACCACCAGUCCACCUCGACAAUGCUCGUUUUCCAGACUAUCCUCCUCGCACUCACCACCUGGAUCGGAGUCCAGGCUCUCGAUUUCUCUGCCUCGCAGUGGAUCUGGACAACCGAUGUUUCAGGCGGCGUGGCUCCCGUUGGCUCCCGUGCGUUCCGCAAAGACUUUGUUGCGCCCGCUGGCAAGACGCCGCUGGAGGCAGACAUCAUCAUCACGGCCGACAACUCGUUCAGCUUAUAUGUAAACAACGACCUCGUUGGAUCGAGCGGCGACUUUCGCUAUGCCGCGCGGUUCUGCGUCCCACUCUACGACUGCUUGAAUGUGUUUGCCGUCACCGCGACCAAUGGCGCCACCGUUCCCAAUCCGGCUGGGCUCCUCGUUGCCAUCCAGAUCACCUACUCCGACGGAACGACCUCGCAGCUGGUGUCAGAUGCGACCUGGCGCGGCGCCAUCACGUUCCCGAGCAACUACCAGUCCCUGUCGUUCGACGACAACCCGUGGCGCCCCGUCCUCGUCGAGGCAGGGUACGGCGCCGCGCCCUGGGGCACGAUCCCGGUCCCCUCCGUGCCCCCAGUGCUCACGCUAGCCGGCGCCGCCUGGAUCUGGACGACGGAGGUGUCUGGAGGGAUCGCCCCAGCGGGGACCCGCGCGUUCCGCCGCACCUACACGGCACCCCCAGGGCAACUUGUCGGGUCCGCCACGGUGAUCAUCGCCGCGGACAACGAAUACACGCUCUACGCGAACGGCUUCCAGAUCGGCUCCGGGACGAGCUUCACUACGGCGCAGACCUGGAGCAUCAACCUUGGUGCCGCAUCGCAGGUCGUCUUCGCCGUGGUCGCGACGAACAUCCUCACUGUCCCGAACCCCGCGGGCGUCAUCUUCGCGGCGGAGAUCAACCUCGUCCAGACGGCGUGCAAUUGCACUGGCGGAGCCUACCUGGUCAGUGAUGGCUCUUGGCUGUGGCCUGGGAACGGUUCGCUUCCGCCGGGUUUCCAGAAUCCCGGGUACGACAGCUCGUCCUGGACAGCUGUUACCACGGAAGGUGCCAACGGUGUUGCUCCGUGGGGUACAGUCGCUAUUUCUCCGUCGACGGGGACCGUAAAUGCCUUUUGAGUGGUGAUCUUUUAAACCUGGGUCGAUACAAGUUUGGAAUGCGGCUUUCGCAGACUUUUUAUGAUGACUCGAUGGAUUCUGAAUGUAAAG